AUGGCAUCGUUAUACUCAUCCUCAUCUUGCCCAAGAAAUGAGAAACAUGAUGCUUUCUCUGGAAUUGAUCCUUGCGCUAAACGGAGGAAUGUAGACGAAUCUUCAAGAUUGUUUGAUGUGUUCAUCAACCACAGGGGCCCUGAUGUCAAACAAACUGUAGCUCUUCAACUUUACAAAUGUCUUACUGGGUUAGGAAUACAUACAUUUCUUGAUUCGGAAGAGAAAGAACUCGGUGACUCGUUUCCUUCAACGAUUAAGUGUGCCAUCCACUCUGCUUCGGCUCAUAUCGCUAUCUUCUCCAAUGGAUACGCAGAGUCCCCUUGGUGUUUGGCGGAGCUGCUUCUCAUGUUAGAGACUACAGCUAAGAUUUUUCCAGUGUUUUAUGGAGUGAAGCCUUCUGAUCUUCGCUACAUAGAAAGCGGAGAGUAUGGUAAAGCGUUUAAAAAAUAUGAAGAGAAGAAAAGGUAUAUGGAGAAGCUUAAGGAGUGGAAGGAAGCCCUCCAAUCUGUUUCAUUUCUUACAGGAUACGAGAUCAGCAGUAAUUUCAACAGUGAUUGCCAAAAUAUAGUGUCAGCUGUCCAAAAUGAAAUUCGAAGGAAAAUAUCUCUACGUGUUGCCAAAUACCCGGUGGGACUUCACAAGCUUGUGAAAGAUUUUGAAAGGGCGUGCUAUGAAAAGAUUGUGGAAAAUUUUGAAAGGCAGUGCUGGACAAAUGAAGGGAGGAAACAGAAAGCUCAGAUCGUCGGAAUUUUUGGAAUGGGUGGAGUGGGGAAAACAACUCUGGCCAAGGAGUUGUUCAACCGAAAGCACUCCCAGUAUAGGCGAGCCUGUUUUCUAUCAGAUGUGAGGGAAGCCUACGCAAAUAACAAUUUUCCUUCUUUACAAUUCAGACUCGUCAAAGAUCUUUUCCAACGAGACACACCCAAAUUCCAUAGUACAGAGGAAGGAAUGAAUCAUAUUGGGGAUUGCAUAAGAAGGAGCGACCAGCUGAGUUUCCUAAUCGUUCUAGAUGAUAUUGAUCACCUCCAACAAAUGGAUGUUCUACUCAUUAUGGAAAUGUUAAAGAAGUCAGUUGAUAGCCUAGUAAUUGUUACAACCCGUGAUGUAGGGGUGCUUAUAAACACGGGUAUUACUGCUGCUUAUUAUCUAAAAGAGAUGGAUAGAUACCAUGCAAGAGAGUUGUUUUGCUGGCAUGCCUUUGGCCAACCUCAUCCAACAAAAGAUUACGAGAAUCUGGUUAACUCCUUUGUAAAUGUUUGUAGAGGGUUACCUCUGUGUAUUCAAGUUCUUGGCAGUCAUGUUCGUGGGAGAGAUUGGAAUUAUUGGAGUUUAGAACUUAGUAAAGUUAGCAAGACACUGCCUCGAGACAUACAUCAAAGACUUAAAAUAAGCUUUGAUGCACUGGACUACGAGGAACAACAAAUUUUCAUGGAUAUCGCAUGCUUUUUUGUGGAUGAAUCCAAGAGUAUUGCGGUGGAAGUAUGGGAAGCAUCAGGAUGGAGUGCUCAGCAUGCUCUGGAAACACUUAGAAACAAGUGUCUUAUUCAAGAAAUAAAAAGACGGGCUGAGAUAGGAGAAGAUAGGUGUGCAUUGAGAAUGCAUGACCAUCUGCGGGAUUUAGGAAGACAAAUGGCAGAUAGAUCGAGUCUUCGUCGGCUAUGGCGUCCACAAGAUCUUAAAUAUCUGGAGUCAAAAGGAUUCCUCAAUAUCCUCGCUCAAACAAAAGGCAGAUGUUUCCAUUCAUUUAUUGACAAAUCCAUAAAUUGUGGAAUCACAUACUUUCUAGGGGAAUCAGAUGUCCGUGGUGACAAGUCAACGUUUUUGUUGUGGCUCAAGCUCCAGUAUGAGGGUUUUCAGAAUCAGCAUCAGCAUAACCUGGAUCUCAAUAAGUUACGACCAUGUAUUCCUUCAUGGAUUCCUCUUCAAAGAUUGCGAUGUUUAAUAAUCAGAAAUUUACGUAUCAAAACAUUGUGGCGCAGCUAUGUACAGGCACCCACCCAAUUGCAAGAGCUUCAGAUAUUCCAUAUUUCUCUGAAAGAAUUUUCAGAUUUAUUAGAAAUAUCAAAUAGUCUGGAAAAACUUACAAUUGGUCAUUGUAAUCAUUUGAAAACCAUGUCCGGAUUAUCUGAUUUUAAGAAGCUGACAGAAUUGAACAUGUCCAACUGCUUAGAUCUUCAGGAAUUAAGUGUUGUACACUUAAGCUGCCUGGAGAAAAUUGUACUUCACAAUUGUUAUAGUCUGAAAACCUUGUCAGGAAUGUCUUAUCUUCGAAAGCUGGUAGAAUUGGACAUUUCUGGGUGUCCGGUGCUUGAGCAGCUGCAUCUUGUUGGUCUGGACUCCUUGACGUGUAUUAUGGUUGAUGAUUCUUUCCAGCCUGAAAUUUUUCACUUGCAUGAUUGCAGAAAGUUAUUAACCAUAGGAGGAUUUCUAAAUCCUAAAAAGCUUGUAAGCAUCGACAUUCGUGACUGUCCCAACCUUGUGAUGUUGCUAUCUCUUCAAGGUUUAAGCAACCUUGAGACAACCAUCAUUAUUGAUGGAUGUAUGAAGCUCAAUGAUCUUAUCUUGGCCACGUGUCAAAAUUUGAAAAGAGUAUCUGGUAAAUUUGAUCUGAAAACAAUAAUCAUAUGCGAUUGUCCAGAGCUUGAGGCUUUAACUUUUCUUGAAGGUGUAACUUGCCUUGAGACGAUUGGUGUUUAUGGAUGUGGAAAGCUCAAUAGUCUUCAAUUGCUCGAAUGCCAAAAUUUGAAACAAUUAAGCAUAUCGGAUUGUCCGGAGCUUGAAGAGCUGCCAUGUUGUGCAAGUCAAACUUCCCUUGAGAAGAUUAGCAUUGUUAGAUGUGAGAAUCUACAGAGCAUAACAUUGCCACCAAAACUUGUGGAACUCAGAAUAGAAGAAUGCAGAGAGCUGAAAAAAAUGGCCGUGAUUUGUGAUCAUAGUGAAUGGCUUGAGCUACAAGAGCUCUCAAGUGUUGUCCGACCGAGCUAUUUGAAGCGACUUACAAUUCACAGUUGUGACAAUCUCCAGACGAUACAAGGCAUUGAUGAGCUACAUGCAUUGAAAAAGAUACAACUUUUAUAUUGCAGCAAUGCAGCAUUACGGAAUUGGGUUCCUAUGUUUAAGAGCGUGCUGCCAGAGCUCCUCGUUAUGACUGGAAGAGCAGUAGAUGGUGCGCAUUCAAUUUUAAAACCACAUCUGUUUUCUGACGCUGAUGUGGUAUUUCCAGUCAUUUCGGAAAUUAGUACUCACACAAGUGUUCCAGGGCCGAACAUAACGCCAGAAUUGAAUGCAGUCAUCUUCUGUUGUGUGGUUGAAAUUGAUAGCGGUAGCCCAGUCCAGAUGAUAAAUGAAUUCCUUCCAGAGCCGGAUUUUGACUCUCCGUGGCCGAAUUUUAAGGUGCCAGCAGAACAAGGAGAAUAUAUGAUUACCAUCGUAACUACCAGUCAAGAUGACAUGAGGAGUUGUAAUGAUUUUGUUGAUGAUUUUCUGAGUUGGGGAAUAACGAAGGCGGCCUAUAGGGUGGAAGUAAAGAAAGGUAAAGAAUGGAAAACUGAAUUACAUACUAUUAUUGAUAGGCUACACCGGAAAUAAAUGUAAUCCAGGAUAGCCGUCUUCUCGGAAAUUAUGCUACUUAUUGAAUUUGAGGGUGGGUAGGAGAGGAUAAUAUCAAUAGUAAGGGGAUAGCUACUGCAAGGCAUUAAUUUUAUUUUAACUCUCCUAAAUAAAGAAAUAUAAA